AUGAAGAUGCAGAAAGGAAACGCCAUCCUUACAUAUUGGUUACUCUUGCACCUCCUGCUUUUAGAAGCUGUAGUAACUUCCAAUGGGUUUGCUAACACAGGAUCCAGUGCAUCCUCCAUUGCCUCCAGCACAUCUAGCCCCCCUGGAACCAGCCUAACUUCCAGUAGGACCAUCACAACAAUCAACGCUGGGUCUAGCAUAACCCUUGGUCGGCCCAGCACAGCUGCCAGCACUGAGUCCACCACAAAUGCCAGUGGGGUCAGCACAGCCACCAGUUCAGGAUCCAGCAUGAUCCCAAGUGGAACCAGCACAGCUGUCAGCACUGAGUCCACUACAAACCCCAGUGGGGCCAGUGCAGCCACCAGCUCUGUGUCCAGCACAAUCCCUGGUGGGACCAGCACAGCCACCAGUUCUGGAUCCAGCAUGAUCCCGAGUGGAACCAGUACAGCUGCCAGCACUGAGUCCACUAAAAACCCCAGUGGGGCCAAUGCAGCCACCAGCUCUGUGUCCAGCACAAUCCUUGGUGGGCCCAGCACAGCCACCAGUACUGAGUCCACCACAAACCCCAGUGGGGCCAGCAUGGCCACCAGCCCUGGGUCCAUCACAACUCCUAGUGGGACCAGCAUAACCUCUAGCACUGAGUCCACUACAAACCCCCGCAGUGGGGUCAGCACAGCCACCAGUUCUGGAUCCAGCAUGAUCCUGAGUGGAACCAGCAUAGCUGCCAGCACUAAGUCCACUAGAAACCCCAGUGGGGCCAGUGCAGCCACCAGCUCUGCGUCCAGCAUAAUCCCUGGUGGGCCCAGCACAGCCACCAGCACUGAGUCCACUACAAACCCCCAUAGUGGGGCAAGCACAGCCACCAGCUCUGGGUCCAGUGUGGCCCCAGGUGGGACCAUCACAACCACCAGCACUGAGUCCAUUACAAACCCCAGUGAGGCCAGUGCAGUCACCAGCUCUAGGCCCAGCACGACCACUGGUGGGACCAGCACAGCUGCCAGCAGUGAAUCCACUACAAACCUCCCCAGUGGGGCCAGCACAGCCAGUGGGGCCAGCACAGCCACCGGGUCUAGCACCACCCCUAGUGGGACCAGCACAGCCACCAGCACUGAGUCCAUUACAAACCCCAGUGGGGCCAGCACAGCCACCAGCUCUGGGCCCAGCACAACCCUUGCUGGGACCAAUACAGCUAUCAGCAGUGAGUCCGCUACAAACCCCAGUGGGGCCAGUUCAGCCACCAGCUCUGGGUCCCCUGCAAACCCUGGAGGCUCUGGCACACCUGCUUUGACUGCAAAGCCCACAACUCCCAAUAAAAUGAGCACAAGUGCUGCUACUCCAGGGAGUGGGGGGAAGCCUAGUGGGUCGCUGAAGCCAUGGGAAAUCUUCCUCAUCACCCUGGCCUCUGUUGCAGCGGUUGCAGGGCUCUCUGCUGGGAUCUUCUUCUGCGUGAGAAACACCCUGUCCCUGAGAAACAUCAUGGAUACAGGUGUCUACCGCCCCCAUGGCCCCAGCCCUGGCCUCGGUCCAGGCCCUGGAGGGAAUCCUGGAGGCCCCCCCAGGCCUAGGUGGAGCCCUAGCUCAUUCUGGAGGAGACCAGUAUCCUCAGUAGCCAUGGAGAUGAGAGGGCCAUACGGCGGGCCCUGA